UUUUUUUACCAAAAUUUUCAGGUGCUUUAUCCGUACUAGUCAGUCUAGAGUAGCAGACCAAAGCUUUCUCCACAAAAAAAAAAAAAAAAAAAAAUCUUCACGCUCUUCUCUUCCUCGUUGAAGAUGUUCGAAAUCACUUUGGCAUUUGGGUUUCUGUUUUGAACCCAUUUGAAGACCUGCAUUUUCUUCUUAAAGAGGACAUUGUGUAAUUUUUCGUUUUUUGCUGUACUUAAGCAGGAUAUUGAGCUUCAACUUCAUGCCAUGGGAAAAACUCCGGGAAAAUGGUUUAAGAACCUUCUUCUUGGGAAGAAAUCAUCAAAGUCAAAUCUUUCUAAAGGAAGAGAAGUACUGAAACCUUCAAACAAAGGGGAGCAAUUGGUCUCUUCUAAGUUAUCUAAUGUAACUUCGGAAGCUCCAAUCAUUUCACCGCCAAUUGUUGGAACUAUUACCGGUAAUGAAAUUGACUCGGAUAACGAGGUGGUUUCCAAAUUACAAAGUGAGGAAGUUGUUCUUUCAAAUGUAAAAGAAGGUGGCUCUACUACACAAGCUGCUGCAGUGUCAGCUGAAGACCCUGAGAGAAUUAGGCUAGAGCAAGCUGCUACAAAGGCACAGGCUGCUUUCAGGGGCUAUGUGGCUCGCCGGGAAUUCCAGACACUUAAGUGCAUCAUAAUGUUGCAAUCACAUGUCCGUGGUCACUUGGUUAGAAGACAGGCGGUAUCUACGUUGUGCUGUGUGAAGGGAAUUGUUAAGUUCCAGGCAAUAGUUCGUGCUCGCAAGGACUCCAAAGUAAGUGCAGCUACUAAAUUCAGGAGGCUGUCCAAAAAGAUUUUUGUUUUCAAGCUUCUUGCUUCAUUGCCUACUGCAAUUCCUCUGCGUCUACAGUAUGGUUCAGGAGAACCCAACUCUGCCUCCCUGUGGCUUGAACGCUGGAGCAGAUCACAUUUCUGGGAACCCCUUUCCGAGCCGAAGAAAAAUCCUGAUUCAAAAUCACGUAGAAGUGGGGAAGACAAGUCAAAAAAAAGUGUCCGAAGGAUGUCUGGUGCAAAUGCCGAAAAUGGAUCAGCAUGCUCCACUUUAGAUUCUGAAAAGGGUAAACGUAACUCAAAAAAAGUUUCUAGUCAACCAGUAAAUUCUGCUCAUGAACGUUCUCCGAUUGAGAUUGAGAAGAUUAAGCGCAGUUCAAGAAAAACUCCUGAUCCCACAAAAGAGGUUUCUGAUCGAUCAGAAGUUGAUAUUGGGAAACCGAAACACAGAAUGAGGAAGCCAUUAGGUGCUGCUGCUCCUGCUAUUUCAGAGCAGGGUGCUAAUGAUUCUGCUGAGAAGUCGAAAGACAUUCCCGUGGCAUCACCAAAGCAAUCUGAUAUCGAGAAGGACAUGGAAUUGGAUAACGCUGAUAAUUCUGUUGGUAAGUUAGAUUGCCAAUCGCCUCUUGAUUUGCAACCUAUGGAGAACAUUGGUAAAACGGAAGAUAUUCAAGAAUUGAAUCAGCAGUUAGGCAGCAAGGAUGAUUCUGUGCUCAAUGAUAACCCAAAAACCAGCCAAAGAAGAGCUUCUUUACCUGCAAAGUUUGAGCCUCAAGAGAAUGGUUCACAAAACACACCUAAAUUACCAAGCUAUAUGGCACCAACUGAAUCUGCAAAAGCUAAGCUGAGAGGACAAGGCUCCCCACGAUUUUCCCGGGAUGCAGUUGAGAAGAAUGUUUUACUGAGACGGCAUUCUUUGUCCUCGUCCACUAACAGCAUGUUAAGUUCCCUUUCCCCACGAGCACACAAGUUGGUUCAAGCAACUGGCAGAGGAGCGAUCCGAGGCGACAGAUCUUUAUCAUCAUCUAGAGAUGGUGGUGAUAAGCUGAUCCAAGCUGAGUGGAGAAGGUGACUUUGCACAGCAAACCGUUCAUGGGAAAAUAGCUCGAGUUGCAUGGCUGCAGGUUUUCUUCAUGUUAUCCUUGUUUUUAGGUGAAAAACUGGUUUGUUUUUGUAAUUGGUUUUAGCAUGUUCCUCUCUAUUGUUUGUUUAGGUAGUGGUACAUUCUUACAGGUCUUAGUGCUUGGACUUUAGGCUUGAGCUGUAUAAUUUUAAGCUUUCAGUCUCAUCAAAUUUUAACUUUACACAAAUCUCAGAAGGCUUCACUUCUAUUCCGUUUGUCUUUUGAUACUUGGAAGUUUUUAAAUCCUUGGAUUUUGUUAUCACAAACAUCCGAGCUAGUUUGGUUGCUGGUUUGAAUGACAAGACUAAGAAGCA